CCACAUACACACACAUGCUCUCUCCCUCUUUCUGUCCGUCUUUCCUUCUAUCACUCAGUCAGUAAUAAUGGAGCCCAGCAGUCCCAAGAAGAUCCAGUUUGCUGUGCCUCCACUGCAGGGACAUCUGGACCCUCAGGCUGCCGAACAUAUCCGGCGCAGACGACCAACUCCUGCCACUCUGCAGAUCUACAGACAGCCUGGCACAGAUGUUGGAGAUCAACACAACGCCAGCGCAGAGUCACAGGAGUCGGACGCCUCUCAGAGGAAGCAGAGCACCUACGUCGCACCCUCCAUGAAAGGGAAGCUGGAAAGCUCUGUACCAGAGGAGGACGAGGAGGAGACGAUCAUCGCUCAGGGAGACUGAUCCAGAGGAGAAGUUUACUCAGACUCCAGUCUGACAUUUUACAAGAGCGACAGCUGUAGGACGGGACUUGAGAGGAGAGAGAGUUGACUCGGAGCAUGUAGUUACACCAGCUUCCCUUAUUCUUUACAAAGUGACGUGGAAACAGAUGUGACUCACUCACCUCAACACAAGGCAAACACUUUUCUUUGUUUGCUUCCUAAACGCGAUGGUAGUUUUUUUCUUUCCUUUAACUGAUGCAGAACACGGAUAAACACACGUCAUCAGUCAUUCUUAAAACAGCCAGAUAGAUUUGACAUUGUAACAGUUUUUGUAAUACAGUAACUUGCUGUCAUUUCUUUUCCACUUUUAAAUGUACACACCUUUUUAUUUUUGAUUUAUUCAAAUAAAUAAAAUCCACAGCAGAUAUAACCAAUUAUUUGUCCCUUUAAAACACCAGUCGACAAAAUGAUCAAUCAUUUUCCUAAUAAUGUGCCAUUUUUUCCCCCCAGUUCUUCAAUCAAUAAUUUAGUUGAAAUGAAAAGACAACAUGAGUGGAGACGACAUCAUAUAACUUCAGUUUCAGUUCAGCUAUUCAAUUUGAAAUCAUGUGAGCAAAUCCUCUGAUUUCAAAAUGAACUAAACAAGUUAUUCAAUAUUUGAAGCUUUUUAUUCCUAUUUCUAUAUUGGAGCAAAAGAGGCGUGGCUACACAUGUCUCACUGGUUAUGUACAUGAUCAGUGUUUCAGGUACUAACACUUGAUAAUAAAUACAAAUAUACUGUAUGAUAUCAAAGGAAAAGCACAGGUCUUUAAUGAUCUUUAUCAUCAUUAUAAGCUUUAACAGAGACAACAUUGUUUCUUUAAUCACUGAGUGGAGUUUUCCAGUUCCUCUGUAACUAAGCAGAAUAAACCUUCACAGUUAAACAGGAGUUUACAAUCUGAGUUUAAACAAACAACAAAACUACAGAACGAUGGAGGAUGUGAUGAGAGAGCAUUUCUUACUUCUUUCUUUUUUCUCUCCUUUCUUCUUCUUCUUCUAUUAUUCUGUAUGUGCAUCAUGCUUCCAGAGACUUAUUCUAUAACUAACAGCAAUAAAAUGUCACCGUUGAUUUUGUACACAAUAAACAUUGGUAUAUUUGG